CGAGAGCUACAGCUCAGGCCAAAAAAGCAAAUUUUAUAAAGAGAAAGAAAACAUGAUUAGUGUAAAAGAACUAGUAGAAAAGAGCUCCAUAAUCACAAUCCCACAAAACUUCAUUCGUUUGGAUCAAGAGCCUUCUUCUACCUCCGAUCCUUCAACCUUCCCCACUCCUCCAACCAUUGACAUGACCCGAUUACUCUCAUUGCAACAUUCCCGCUCGGAGCUUCUCAACCUUCACUCCGCUUGCAAACAGUGGGGAUUGUUUCAGUUGGUGAACCAUGGGGUUAGCUGUUCGUUGUUGGGAGAGCUAAAGCAUGAGAUUGAAGAAUUUUUUGAGCUUCCAUUAGAAGAGAAGAUGAAAUAUGGUAUGAAAAGUGGAGAAGUUGAGGGUUAUGGAACAGUGGUUAGAAGCAUGGAACAGAAACUUGAUUGGGGAGAUAGAUUUUACAUCAUUACUAAUCCUCUUUCAAGAAGGAAACCCCAUCUUCUUCCCCUCCUCCCUUUAUCUUUAAGAAAUGCGUUGGAAUGGUACUUGAAAGAGAUGAAAAAGAUAGCUAUGGCGUUGUUCAGGAUGAUAGCCGGAAAUUUGGAGAUAGAGGUGAGAAAGGUGGAGGAUUUGUUUGAAGAUGGAAUGGAGGCGAUGAGGAUGUCGUAUUAUCCGCCAUGCCCGACACCGGAGUUGGUGGUCGGUCUGAGGCCGCACUCGGAUGCGUCGGGGCUGACCAUCUUGAACCAGCUCAAUGGAGUCGAAGGCCUCCAAGUUAAGAAAGAUGGCAUUUGGUUCCCUGUCAGUUUCAUCCCAGAUGCCUUCAUUGUCAACGUUGGAGAUAUUCUUGAGAUAAUGAGCAAUGGACUUUACAACAGCAUUGAACACAGAGCAACAGUGAACUCAGAGAAAGAAAGAAUGUCAAUUGCAAUAUUCUACAAUCCAAGAUUUGAUGCUGAAAUUGCACCAUUAACUGCUUUUCAAAACCCACCUUUGUUUAAAAACAUUCUCAUGGAGGAUUAUUUUAAGGACUUUUUCACUCAAUCUUUCAAUGGAAAAUCUCAUUUGGACAGAAUGAAAAUCCCAACAACUCAUCAACCCAAUCCAUAUACUUAAAUUAAUCUCACUUUCCUCCUUAAAAUAUCAACUCUUUCUGUAAUAAAUACAAAAUUAACAACUUGGGUUUUUUUUUUUCUAUUAAAAAUAGGAAUAAGUAAAGUACGGAGAUUUGAACUUCAGAUUUAGAAGGAAAAAAAAAAGUGCAUAUUAAGAUUGUUAUUAUUGUGUGUAAUAUUGUUCUACAUGUGUGUACCAAAUCAGGAAUAAGAAUACUGUGUGUAUUCAUGUAUUUGUAUUAUUUGAUUUUAUAGAUUUAAAUUUUUUUUUAUUUUAGUCUUAAAACAUUUGUGCUGGUUAUCUCGGUUCCUGUGAUUAAUAUCAACUUUUU